AUGUCGCUCCCAGUCGGAAGCCCCAAACACGGCAAGGCUUGUUGCUCGCUUGAAUUAUGUGCUCCACACGGGGCCGAUGUGCCGCGCGUGUCGCCCUACAUUCCGUACCAUGACGAGGACGAGGACCUGAUUGUCGACUUCAGCACCGGGUCUUUGCAGGCAACGAGCUUGAAGACAUGGCAGGUAAUGGAGGAAUUAAUGGGGCGCCUGGAACGCCUGUAG